AUGCUUUUACAUAAAUCAAACGAGAGAAUGAAAUUUAAAAAGCAAAAUUUGAGGAAAUUCAGAAUAGUAGGGGAUGGUGGAAAGGUUAGUCUUUCGCAGUCAGAAAGGCAUUUUAAGCCCUUGACCCGGAUCAAGGGGCCCACUUCAGGAGCCUUGCCCAUUUUCCAAUUUUUCAUCGCGCCAGCUGAUCCAUUAAUUCGGCGAGAGAAGGAGCGGAAGUUUGCCACGAAGAGUUUGCAAUUCCGUCGAGGUCAUCCAAGCUUUGCAAGGAGUUUCGACUCCAAGAUUUACCCACUGCGUUUGCUUGCGGAAAUCUUUAUUGGUGUCGAUAUCAGAGCCAUUGACCUGGUUGUGACGGGAAUCUUUAGCUGUCUGCGCUCAAAGGAUAAAACCACAAUUGUACCUUUGAUCCUAGCUGAGAUGUAUAAAGGGCUCUCUGAUUGUGCUCGUGGGAUAACCAAUAUUCUAUUCUUCAUGGACCAUAAGAUCCCUCCUAUCUUGAUCAAAAGUGCUCAUGAUCUCGAAGGCCUGGCAACCAGAGAGCAUUUGGAGAAAGCCCUUUCUCAAGCAGCCAUAGAAUGUGGAGAAGAGGAGGCAUUCUUUUCCCAGCAUUUGGUGCCUAAAGGAGAUAUACCAAGGACAGUGCUGCUAAAGCCCGGGGUGAUCUCAUUCUCUGCGCAUGAUGCGCUAUUACAAGGGCUGAAACAUAGCGGACCCUUUUAUGUCAAAAUACGAUUGGGGAACUACGAGUGA